AUGGACACAAAAUCCGACGACAUAGAGCUCAGCGCACAAGGAACUAGCAACAAACCCAGCGACGUGGUAAUCAAAUCGGGUAAAUCCGAUUUGCCAGAGCGGGGAUCAUGGGCCAGCAAGCUAGAUUUUAUUCUGUCCGUGAUAGGCCUGGCCAUCGGCUUGGGCAACGUAUGGAGAUUCCCUUACCUCUGUUACAAAAACGGUGGCGGUGCCUUCCUCAUACCUUACUUCUUGACCCUCUUCUUGGCCGGUAUUCCUAUGUUCUUCAUGGAGCUGGCGAUGGGACAGAUGCUUACCAUCGGUGGUUUGGGGGUGUUUAAGAUUGCACCAAUUUUCAAAGGAAUCGGGUAUGCAGCAGCUGUGAUGUCCUGUUGGAUGAAUGUCUACUACAUCGUCAUCCUCGCCUGGGCUAUUUUCUAUUUUUUCAUGUCGAUGAGAGCUGACGUCCCCUGGCGUAACUGCGACAAUUACUGGAACACAGCUACUUGCGUCAACCCCUAUGACAGGAAAAACCUCACUUGCUGGUCUUCGCCUAUCGAUAUGAGCACUUAUUGCACCCUCAACGGGAAGAACGUCAGCAAGACCCUCCUCUCCGAUCCUGUGAAGGAGUUCUGGGAGUAUGAUCUUACUAAUUGAUAAACUACUAACUUUCCGCCAACGGCUUAACCCGCAUGGUCCCUAGGAAACCGUUUAGUUAGAUAAAUAGUAGCCUAUAAGUUAAUCCUUAGAAUUAUCUGUAUACACAGUUCAUCAAAAUCUGUUCAGUAGUUUUUGCUUGAAAAAGUAACAAACAUCCAAACUUUCGCCUUUAUACUAUUAAAAAGAUAUAAACAGAAAUCUAAAAAUAAAUAGAUUCUUUUUACAAUGCCGUUGAUUUAA